AUGUCCGGCGCCAACCUCCGCUAUGGCGUCUAUCAGGAGCCCUCGAACCGCACCUUCCCCACGGCCUUCGAGUGCCACCCUGGAGGCACUACAGAGGCCGCCAUCAUCCUGGCUCUGGGCGUCCUCGGAAUGGCCGCCAACAUCGUCCUUAUGGUUCUCCUCGUGGCCAAGAAGCAUCUCAGAAGAUGGUCGCAAGGCCUGUUAUUCCACCAAGCGGCCGUGGACUGUGCGCGCGCCGCCAUCCUCAUCCCCCUCGGCCGGUCCAUCUACAACUGCGUGCCGGUCGCCAAGUGUUCAUUAGUGGAGACUGCCUUCCUGCUGCUUGUCACGGUUUCCACGAUCAACAUGUUAACAACGGUCCUCAACGACGCUCCUCUGCUGCCGGAGGACUCGGACCAGAAGCAGAUGCCACUGCUGAUGGAGUCCCCUCAGUGCGUGCUCUUCGGUACCUUCAUGAUAUGGUUCGCUUCCAUCACGAUCAACUUGGGUCCCACGUUCCUCUCCGGGGCUCUGGCGGCUAACAUUGAUGAGGUCCACAACGCCCCUUCCUGCCCCCUUAUCACGGGUCCUCUCCGUCACUAUGUGCUCAACGUGCUCUGGAUCGUCAUCAACGUCCUCGUGGUGCUUCUCACGGUCUUCCACCUCUACAAGCUGUACAGGGACCUCUCCAACUCGUCCCUGGAGGCUGUGCGCAUCGCCUCGCUCGUGACCACCAUGAUCAGCGUCACUCAGCCACAGAAUCAAGACCCCGAGGCCAGGGAGCACCGUCAGGUCAACAGCUACAUCAACCGCAUGGAGCGCGAGGGCGUCGAGAGAGUGAAGAUGUUCGUGGUGGUCACCGUCGCCUACGUGGUGUUCUGGGGCCCUCUGUUUCUGGUCACGCUUCUCACGCCGUCGGGAGGCAAGUCGGGACUCAGCCACGAGGUGACCCUCCACGUGGCUUACGUCCACGCCUUCGUCAACCCGGCGCUCUUCCUCGCUCUCCACAAAGGUCUCCGGAAAGCUGUAACUGAUAUCAUGUGCUGUCAUUGUUCCUCGAAAUCCCAGUCUUAA